AUGCCAGAUAUUAUUGAACUACGAAUAGGUGACAGUCCAGUAACAUAUGAACAACGAGUUGUUAUUCAAUAUUUACAACCACCAGCUCUUCCACCACCAGGACCGAUCAUUAUCGAAGAAGUGCGUCCACCACAACCGCCACCACCUCCACCGAUUGUCAUACGUCAGCAUCCACCACGUGCUUCUACGCCACCUCCACUUAUCUUACGUGAACUGCCACCAAAGCCACCACUACAUGGUUGCAGUGAAAAAUAUAUUCGUGAAUUAUCUCCUAUACCUAUUCCACCACGAUCGGUUCGCAUUGAAGUUUUGCCACGACUUCCAGAAAAACCACGUGAUAUUAGAAUUGAACGAUGGCUACCAUAUGGACCUCAACCUGAGCGCGAAGUAUUUGUGAAGCGCGCUCCUCCUGCUAUAGAAUAUCCUAAACCAACUCAUACUAUUGUUAAUCAUAAAGAUGUUGAUAGCCGUAUAAACCGAAAAUUUGAAAAUCGUGAUGUUAUUCGUGAAAAUCCUUAUGAUUAUAAAGCUCGCUAUGGAACAUCACUUUUAGAUUCUACAAUACUGGCUCAGGAAGCCCUUAAAGCUGGUGUUAAUGAAGAUAUAUCGCCUUCAUCAGUAACACCUUUAACAAAUACCAAUACAUACGGAAAUACUGUUCAUUAUCAUCAGCCAUAUGAAAGAAUCAAUCAAGGCUGUUCAUCAUCAAGUGAAACUGACUAUAAAGGAAUUCAAGGACUUGUGGCUACACAAACUACUACUGUUGGUGAAACAAGUUGUUUGUCAUCAUCAUCGAAACAUAUUGGUUAUAGUUCUUCAGUUGACAGUGGUAGUAGAAUGCAAUCUGAAAUUCAUAUCGAUGAUGCUAGUGCUAGCACUACCAAUACUAAAUGUGAUGAGAUAUUAAAACAAACAGAAGAUUAA